AGCAGCGAUAGCAUUUUUCAAAAUAAUCAACAUCAUUAAAUUUUAUUCAAAACAUUAACACUAAUUUUUAGCGUUAUAAGGCCCAUUAAUCACUUAUCCCUCACUCCUAAACACUAAUACGGAGUAAAUAUCUUCUCCAACGUCUUUCGUCUCCCACCCUUUUCUCUUGCGCAGGCAUUUAGAGCAAUGGAGUAAAAGCUUUCAAGAGAAGAUAAAUUGGAGAAGAAAAUGGAGGGGACUAAGCUAAUGUUAUGGUGCUUUACGUGUGUGAAUUUCACCAUAUUGUACGCCUUACAAAAUGGGUUGCGUCACUACUUCUCAUGGAAAAAGCCGAAGGAGCAAAGUGCCAUACUAGUCAUCAUCUUCAUGGCUCCCUUGUACGCCGUUGUCUCCUACAUUGGUUUGAUGGAUUCUCCCGAGAGCAAAAUGCUCUUCACUUUUCUCAAGACUGUCAAGGAAUGUUAUGAAGCUCUUGUGAUAGCUAAGUUUUUAGGUUUGAUGUACACAUACCUGAAUAUGUCCACGAGCGAAAAUAUAGUGCCCGAUGAGAUCAAGGGAAGAGAGAUUCAUCACUCAUUCCCAGUUACCCUCUUCCAGCCUCGCACAGUCCAAUUAGACGAUUACACAUUGAAACAACUAAAAGACUGGACAUGGCAGUUUGUUGUGAUCCGUCCGGUGUGUUCCAUCUCAAUGACCGCUCUGCAAAUUCUUGGAGCGUACCCUGCCUGGGUUGGCUGGACGUUCACCACCAUUUUGAACAUUUCUGUCUUGCUAGCUUUCUAUUCACUUGUGGUCUUCAACCACACAUUUGCAAAAGAGUUAGCACCCUACCAGCCAUAUCCCAAGUUUUUCUACAUCAAAGGAAUUGUCUUCUUUUGUUUCUGGCAGGGAAUUGCCCUUAAGAUUCUUGCUGCAUUGGGCAUAAUAAAAUCGCACUACGCUUGGCUUGACGUGGAGGAUAUCCCAGAAGCCCUUCAGAACAUUCUCGUGCUUGCAGAAAUGCAUGUCUUGAAGUGCUUUCUGGAUCAUGGGUAUACUGCUGAACCUUACCGUUGCAAGGCUACCGUUGCAACAGGCACUGCAGUCGAAAAGAAAGACUAAAAAGAAUGUUUUUUUUUGGAUUGUUGGAAGAUGGUCAAGAAUGGUCUCUGUAUAUCCCACUUCUUUCCAAAUGGGUACUUACAACAUGUAAUUUGGUACAGCUAACAGUAUCUUUUUGGUUCCAGUCUUGACACUCUUUGGUUUGCCU